AUGUUUGGCGCGAACUCGUAUGGCGCAACUCCUAUUCAACUGGCUAUUGAAAGUGGUUGUCAAAAAACUAUUGAGGUGCUGUUAAAUUCCUAUGACAACAAAGUAUUUAAAAAUGUACAUAAUGAAAGCCAGCAAACUCUGGCCCAUUUGGUGUCUUUAGCAGGACAGACACAUGUUGCCGAGUAUCUAGUGAAACAUUCUGUUAACUGGAAUGUUCAAGACAUCGAUGGAAACACUCCUCUUCAUCUUGCCUGUAAUAAAAACAAUACAGAUAUUGUUAAGUUAAUUGCUGGCCAUUGCACAGUGACAAUUCAAAACAAGGACCUUAAGACCCCCAUUCAUAUUGCAGUUCUCAGUGGAAAGGUUGUCAUUCUAGAUGCCUUGCUGGAAGGAUAUUCAGGUUCAUUAGAUGAAUUUGCAGAUUUGGAUGGUAAUACUGCACUGCAUUCAGCGUGCCAAAGCAAUAACGAUUCCUCCUGUUAUAUCGUCAAAAGAUUGUGUGACUACUGUUCUCUAACAGUUGAAAACAAGGAGAAAUCAACACCCAUGCAUUUUGCUUGCAAAUUUGGAAACUUUGCCUUGGUAGAUCAUCUUUUUAAGAGAUAUAGCAGCUUACAUUUGGAUUGCUUGCUUGUUGACGAUGAUGAGAAUACAAUUCUUCAUGUAGCCGUGGAAAACAGUGCUUCUUUAGAAGUAGUCACAGUGGUUUCAAAUCAUAUAAGUCCUGUUCAUAAGAAUAAGCAAGGGGAAACAUCAAUACACAUUGCCUGCAGAAACGGUGACCUCCCUAUUGUUCGUCUGCUUGUUACUAAGGCUGCUGAACUUGUAUUCACUGACAGUGACGAUUCGUAUUUACACUCUGCAUGUUGUGGCAAAUCUCUUAAAGUUGUGAUGUUCCUAGUUGAAGAGAGUGGGCUUGCUUUUGACAGACUUAUGAAUACAAACAAUGACGGAAACACACCAUUGCAUUGUGCUUUUAUCACAGGUAUUUUUGAGAUCAUUUCUUAUCUAAUGAGAUAUGCUAAUUUGUAUACUCAAAAUCUUAACAAGGAAGGACUUACACCCUAUUAG